AUGCUCGAGAUUGUGGGGGCGCACGGAUCUACGACGGCCCGAUAUUCAUGCGAGCUCAGUUGCAAGGCCAGCACUUCCUCUGGCGACCUACCUCUGACAACCCAGUCAACUCGGCCCCGCCAAAAAGAAAGACUGUAUGCCAAUGAGGGAACCACUGACUAA